GAAAACACAGUGCCCACCAAAUGUCAGUUGACGUCAGAAGGUCUUGCAAAGAGCGGGGCGUACAUACGAGUCCGAAUAUUAUAUAGUAUAUAUGGUAUUACCCCAGAGAGCGGGGAGAGAGAUCGAGAGAGCAUUCGCACCGAACCGACCAACCGACCCGACUUUCGAUUGAUAUUUUGGCUGCAGAGAGCCACAUGAGUCAGAUUAAUAUUUUGCUUUUGUUCAGAGUCGCGAGUCGCAGUCGAGUUCAGAUUCAGAUACUCGUUGCCAUCCAAACCGAACUGAAGUCAAAUACUAAUGUGUGUACUUACGUGUAAAGCAGUUAAAAAAAAUGUGCAAACGUACAGCCAUAGCGUGGCUGUGGAUGUAGUGAAGAGUGCCAGCAUUAAUCGCAUUUUUCCCUUGCACGACGACUAGAAAAUACUCGACACGUUUGUCUGCUUCUGUAUCUGCUUCUACCUCUGUUUGGCCUGGCGUAGUGAAAAACAUAAAAUUGAUAUUGUGUAAGUUGUAUCUAGCAUUGAAAAGAUGAAAAGUGUCAUUGUCGUUCCUAUAAAUACACCUCCUCGGUAAAGGAAGUCGCAAUAGAGGCACUCAACGCUAGCCCCACAAAGGAACCGCAGACCCAGACACACAGAAAGCCAAAACUUUGGAGUAGGGCUGAGCUGAAAGUAUAGUGCGCAGCUAUCAUGACUAACUCACCACCCAAAAGGCCAGCCCAUGUACAGAAAAUCGAUAUUCUAGUCGCGCUGUAACGCUGGGUAGCGCCUACCUGAAAAUAAAACACAGACAGGCGAGACAUUAGUAUACCGAAAACCUCUUCCGCCAAUGGUCGACAUAUAGCAAAUGUCUAUACAUAUCAUACCGAUAUAGCUAUAGCCCCCCCAAAAAAGAAAAACAAAAACAUAAACCAUCUGUGAUACGCGUGUACCUAAAAAAAAAACGCUUUUGCGAAAUGAACUAACUUUGCACCGAUCGAGGGUAUCACUGGGAAAUUAACGAUGCGUCUUGUCCGCAGUAAAUGUUGUCAACGUGAUGUUUCUGUAACCGACUAUCUGAACACCCCCACUCCGCAUCCGCAUCCAUCGUCCACAAACGCCGAAGUCCACACCAAAAAUAUAUUUACGCGCUACUGGGACGACCACAUAAAAAUGAAGGAACCGUGCGAGGAAAGGUCCAGGGGCAAGGCCUCAUCAACAUCGUCUUCACCACCUGCCAAACAAACCCAGAGCGUUACGUUCGUGAGGACCAGUAAUGCACCAGCUGUUUGCGACGCCAACGGGAACGGGAAUGGGAACUCGUCUCAAACGGAGUGGACAUUUCCCCCAAAAGCGCCCACUCCGCAUAUCUACAAUUGCCUGAGCCCCGACAUGAUGGCCUCAAGUGAUAAAAGCAGCUUUAAGGGAUUUCGCAAGCAAUUUAGUGGACGGUUCAAGCGCUUAGUUACUCGAAAAGUGGAACACACUCCAGUGAUACCUCCAGAAUUGAAGCCGCAACUAAAAACAAUAUACGUUUACUAACUUAAGAUGUAACGACAAUUGCAAGCACAAGUGUUUUCCCCAUUGUAUACGUGCUCCAUCAGUGUGCGUUUAUAUGGCAGGAAACAUUAGUGAUAGGAAAAGCAAGAUAAACUAAGUUAUCAUAAUACCAUUCUGAUUGACAAUUUUAAGUAUUCAGCGAUUCGUGCGUAUUGUUAGGCUCAAUAAAAAAGAACAUUUCAUAAGACAGACGAGGAUUAAUAUGAUUUUGGAACGACAGUCAGUCACGGGGUUCAUAAUAAACAUAUCAAAGGAAAUGAACAGAUUAUCAAGUUCGAAUAUCACGUGUUACAAGCUCUAAUACGAAUCUAUGUAAUUGCUUAUUAUUUUUAAUAAGUAUAAAGAACUACCUAUGUUUACAUGUUCAUCAAAUACCAUUAAAGAAUUAUUUUAAUUAACUAAA